AUGUCAACAAGGAUUUCUGACGAGUAUCAAAAUCAGCUUCGUUAUUUGAUUAAUCGAUACAUAUUUGAUACUUGUUAUGCACCACAAUGUGAAGAAUUAGCAACACUGAGUAAUACAUCCGUAGAAGAAGUCGAAUUAGGAUUGAAGGCACUUGCUGAUAAUCAUGCUUUAGUAUUACAUCCAAAUUCAGUUAGUAUUUGGGUUGCACAUCCAUUUGCUUUAUUUCCUACACUAUUCUGGGUAAAAACAAAGGAUAAACAAUGGUGGGGAAAUUGUGCAUGGUGUUCAUUUGGAAUUGCACAACUGACAAAUGAAGAUACAGAUAUUUUUACUAAACUUGAUGGUCAUAUUGAAUCACUCACUAUUCACGUAAGAGACAACAAAAUUGUUGAAACAGACUAUGUGGUUCAUAUGCCUCUGCCAGUAAAUAAAUUAUGGGACAAUGUCAUUUACACAUGUGCUAAUAUUUUAAUAUUUAAAACAGAAAACGAUAUUGAUCAGUGGUGUAAACAUCAUAAUAAACCUAAAGGUGUUGCUUUGUCUGUUGAACAACUGUGGUCAUUAUCAAAAUUAUGGUACGGAAACUACCUUGAUCCAAAUUUCAAACGUAAAAGCAAACAAUUGGCAGAAUCAAUAUUUACGCAAGUUGGUCUUAUCGGAGAUUUUUGGAAAUUCUAA